AGAUAAACAAGGGGAGGACAAAACUCUAUACCGCAUAAAUUUCUAGGGCACAAAACUUAACCAGACAGAGAAAGGGGAGCUCACAAAAAGUUAAGAGAUGGGAGUUACAAAGGAACUAGUUGAGUCUACUCUAAAGUCAAAAUUGAAUCCUUCACAUCUUGAAGUGGUUGAUACAUCUGGAGGCUGUGGUGCAAGUUUUGCUAUUGAGAUUGUCUCAGAACAAUUUGAGGGGAAGAGGCUGCUGGAGAGGCAUCGACUUGUCAAUGCUGCUCUGGUAGAGGAGAUGAAAGAGAUCCAUGCCCUCUCAAUAAAGAAAGCUGUGACCCCUGCGCAGUGGAAACAACAGCAAGAGACCCAGCAAUCUACAUCUGCUGCAUAAGAUCAUGCUUUCAAGCAAGAGACCCAGCAAUCUACAUCUGCUGCAUAAGAUCAUGCUUUCAAAAUAUUUAUUGGAACUCGCGUGUAUUUGGUAGCCGAUGAGCGUCCUGAGUGUGGGAAAAAGGAUAAAAAUGCUUUUUAAUGGAAGUAUGUAUAUUUUGAGAAUUUUAUAAUAGAGUGUGGUAGCAUUUAUUUA